UGAGCGGCAAGCGCUGAGUCUCCGCCUCGCCGUGACUGAGGAGGACAAAGGGCCGCCGCCGCUGCCGCCGCCAUGGGGGAGAGGCCCCGAGGCCAGACCGGCGUCCCCUCGGCGGGGCCCACGACGACCACGACGCCAGCCGCCGCCAUCCCCACCUGCUCGCUGCACAACGGGCUGCUGCACAACGGCUUCCACGCGCUGCCCAGUAAUGGGGAAGCCUCUCGCCCGCUGCUCUUCCGCCAGGAGCCGUCCCUGCCCAGCCAUGGCUCCCCGGCUAAGAAAUGCAGGACGCGCCGGAGGAUGGACUCGGGCCGAAGAAACAGGCCGCCAUUCCCAUGGUUUGGCAUGGAUAUUGGUGGAACACUUGUCAAACUGGUCUAUUUUGAACCAAAAGACAUUACAGCUGAAGAGGAACAGGAGGAAGUGGAAAACCUGAAAAGCAUUAGAAAGUAUUUGACUUCCAAUACAGCCUAUGGUAAAACUGGGAUUCGAGAUGUCCACCUCGAACUGAAAAACUUGACUAUGUGUGGACGCAAAGGGAAUCUUCACUUCAUCCGUUUUCCAACCUGUGCUAUGCACAGGUUCAUACAGAUGGGUAGUGAAAAGAACUUCUCAAGUUUGCACACCACACUUUGUGCCACAGGAGGUGGAGCCUACAAAUUUGAGGAAGAUUUUCGUACGAUUGCUGACUUGCAGCUACAUAAGCUAGACGAGUUGGACUGCUUGAUCCAGGGCCUGCUUUACGUGGAUUCUGUGGGAUUCAACGGCCAUCCAGAGUGCUAUUAUUUUGAAAAUCCUGCAGAUCCUGAACGGUGUCAGAAAAAGCCUUAUUGCCUUGAUAAUCCGUAUCCUAUGUUGCUGGUUAACAUAGGCUCCGGGGUCAGCGUCUUAGCAGUAUAUUCCAAGGACAACUACAAGAGAGUUACAGGGACCAGUCUUGGUGGUGGUACAUUCCUGGGACUAUGUUGUUUGCUGACUGGCUGUGAGACCUUUGAAGAAGCUCUAGAAAUGGCAGCUAAAGGGGACAGCACCAACGUUGAUAAACUUGUGAAAGACAUUUAUGGAGGAGACUACGAACGGUUUGGCCUUCAAGGGUCUGCUGUAGCAUCAAGCUUUGGCCACAUGAUGAGCAAAGAGAAGCGGGAUUCCAUCAGUAAAGAGGACUUGGCAAGAGCAACUUUGGUCACCAUCACCAACAACAUCGGCUCCAUUGCUCGGAUGUGUGCCCUGAAUGAGAAUAUUGAUAGAGUGGUGUUUGUUGGAAACUUUCUGAGAAUCAACAUGGUCUCCAUGAAGGUACUAGCAUAUGCCAUGGAUUACUGGUCAAAAGGACAACUCAAAGCUCUCUUUUUGGAACAUGAGGGUUAUUUUGGUGCUGUUGGGGCCCUGCUAGAAUUGCUGAAAAUGACAGAUGAUCAGUGAUGGACACCCCCGCCCCCGCCCCCUCCCUGGAGGAGUGCAAAACCUGUGAUGCUGCUGCAAGUGUGAUAGUUGCUGGGAGCACGGGAGACAAGCCAUGAUGGAAGUUCUACCUGCUGGAUUUGUAAAUAAUAAUUUAAACUCCUUGUAGCUAAUCAUUUAACUUUAGGGUUGGAAGCUAACUUGAUCAUUGAUGCUAGGAAACUUUUAAAAAGGCAUUUUUAUCUGUAUACAGUUUUUUUUAAGAGAAAAAAAUGUGCAAUGUGGCCAAACUGGCAGAUUCUAUGGAUUGUGUUUAAAAAUAUGGGUACCAUAUGGGGGGAAAAGGGACCUGAUAUAAGACACUGGUUUUAUUUUAUUUUUUUUCUUCUGGGGUUUAAUGAUCUAGUGUGGUAAUUCUUCAUUUGGUAAUUGCUCUAGGAGAUUUUUUAAAAAAACCUUUUUCAUGACGUUUCAUGAUUUGCUGUUGGUUUCAAAUGAAACUGCAAAACUGGCAAUUAGUGCGAGCACUAAAGUAAUUUAAUCUUUGUUGCCUUCAUUUUGUGGAAUUUUCCCCAUUUCCGCCUCCAAAUCACCUUUUCUUUGGCUGCUUAAGUUUGCAAUAACAAGAGGUGCCAUGAGAUGUGCCAUCAGAGCCCCUGAAAACAGGAAGAAGACCUCAUGCUUUCCUGAUGGACAAUUCCCUUUGGAAAUUCACUUGUCGAGUUAAUCAUUCCUUGCAGUAUCUAAAAACCCUCAUUUAUAGAAACGAUUCCUGGGUUGAAGAAGAAGCCUGUUUUUCAAAACAGUAAACUGGUUUCUGGAUUGUUAACCUUUCAGACUGCUGAUGGGGCAUUCACCUGACAGAAUGCUCCUCCAUACAAAAGAAAAAUGCCUCUUCUUCCUGACCUGAGUUUUUACUUGUGAGAAAUGUUUUGUGUUUUAUUUAAAUAUGAAGGCGUGCGCCUCCCCCCAUCUGCAGCCUGAAGCAGUACAUUCCAGAUCUCAUUCUCCAGAUGAGAAGGAUUGCCAUCUUCUCUGCAAUAUGUGAGGAAGAAACUUUUUAUGACACUCUCAGCAGAUGAAACGAACACAACUGCAGAUGUUAUGUGAUAAUGUUAGACAACGCGGUCCAUUUUCAUGUUGGGAAUUCAUGUAUGCUAAUUUUAAAACAUUCUUGUUGCUAUUCACAAGAGGUGAAUAAUUAUACUAAAAGUUAGUUCCCAACUUUUAGAAGUGGAAUGAAUCCAUGUGUGUUAUGAAUGAUUAAAUCUAGAAAUUAAGGUCUGCAGAGAGCAGUUUAUUUUACCAAAUCAUCUUCUGCUUUGCAGGCUGGUGUUGGAAAGGCAGUACUACUGUGCCAUAGCAUACAGGAUCCAUCAGAGAGGUCAAUGCAUGUUUUCAAAAACAAAAGUUCUCUGACACAUUAAUUUGUUUUUGUUUUGAACAAAGUAUUUUGAUUUUUUUUUAAUCUUCAGAACCUUUAUUAAAUUGAUACUAACUGAAGUGUUCACUUGAUCUGGUAGAAAUAAAAGCCCAUUACUGUUGUGAUGGUUUUCAAUGCA